AUGCCGGCGGCGGCCGGGGGGCUGCUGUGGUGGAGCUGCUGCGUGCUGGUGGCGGCGGCGGCCGGAGCCCCGCGGGCCGCCGCGGCGGCGCAGGCAGUGUGUGCCGGCACCGAGAACAAGCUGAGCUCCCUCUCUGACCUGGAGCAGCAGUAUCGGGCCCUGCGCAAGUACUAUGAGAACUGCGAGGUAGUGAUGGGCAACCUGGAAAUCACCAGCAUCGAGCACAACCGAGACCUCUCCUUCCUGAGGUCUAUCCGAGAAGUCACGGGCUAUGUUUUGGUGGCUUUGAAUCAGUUUGAAUACUUGCCACUGGAGAACCUGCGCAUCGUUCGUGGGACCAAACUCUACGAAGAGCGCUAUGCCUUGGCAAUAUUUCUCAACUACAGAAAGGAUGGUAACUUUGGACUCAGGGAACUUGGACUGAAGAACUUGACAGAAAUACUCAAUGGAGGGGUGUAUGUUGGCCAGAACAAAUUCCUUUGCUUCGCAGACACCAUUCACUGGCAGGAUAUCGUGCGUAACCCCUGGGCCUCCAACUUCACUUUGGUUCCAACAAAUGGCAGCUCAGGAUGUGGUCGAUGCCACAAGUCCUGCACAGGCAGAUGCUGGGGACCCACGGAGAAUCACUGCCAGACCUUAACGAAGACAGUGUGUGCAGAGCAGUGUGAUGGACGGUGCUACGGGCCCUACGUCAGCGACUGCUGCCACCGGGAAUGCGCUGGAGGCUGUUCUGGACCUAAAGACACUGAUUGCUUUGCCUGUAUGAAUUUCAAUGAUAGCGGUGCAUGUGUCACACAGUGCCCCCAGACUUUUGUAUACAAUCCUACCACCUUCCAACUGGAGCACAAUCACAAUGCCAAGUACACCUAUGGGGCUUUUUGCGUCAAAAAGUGCCCACACAACUUUGUGGUAGAUUCCAGCUCUUGUGUCCGUGCGUGUCCGAGCUCCAAGAUGGAGGUUGAAGAAAAUGGUAUUAAGAUGUGCAAGCCCUGCACUGACAUUUGUCCUAAAGCAUGUGAUGGCAUUGGAACAGGGAGUUUAGUGUCAGCUCAGACAGUGGAUUCCAGCAACAUUGACAAGUUCAUAAACUGCACCAAGAUCAAUGGCAACCUUAUCUUCCUUGUUACUGGGAUUCAUGGAGACCCAUAUCACACAAUUGCUGCAAUCAAUCCCGAGAAGUUAAAUAUCUUCCAAACAGUGAGAGAGAUAACGGGGUAUUUGAACAUCCAGUCAUGGCCUGAGAAUAUGACAGAUUUCAGGGUGUUUUCUAACUUGGUUACUAUCGGUGGAAGAGCUCUCUAUAGUGGUCUUUCCUUACUCAUCCUAAAGCAACAAGGCAUUACCUCUCUGCAGUUCCAGUCCUUGAAGCAGAUCAGUGCUGGCAACAUCUACAUAACAGACAACAGCAAUUUGUGCUACUACCACACUGUCAACUGGUCCAGCCUCUUCAGUACACCCAGUCAAAAGACAGUGAUUCAUCGAAACAAAAAGGCAGAGAACUGCACUGCUGAUGGAAUGGUGUGUAAUGAGUUAUGCUCAAGUGAUGGCUGUUGGGGGCCAGGCCCAGACCAGUGUCUCUCCUGCAAGCGCUUCAUCAGGGGAAGGACCUGCAUAGACUCCUGUAACCUGUAUGAUGGGGAAUUUCGGGAAUUUGCAAAUGGUUCUGUCUGUGUGGAGUGUGAUCCCCAGUGCGAAAAGAUGGAAGAAAACAUGAUCACGUGCUACGGGCCGGGACCUGACCACUGCACAAAGUGUUUCCAUUUUAAGGAUGGUCCAAAUUGUGUGGAAAAAUGUCCUGAUGGCUUACAGGGGGCCAACAGCUUCAUUUUCAAAUACGCUGAUGAGGAUCGUGAGUGCCAUCCAUGUCAUCCAAACUGCACCCAAGGGUGUAGAGGUCCCGCUAGUCAUGACUGCAUUUACUAUCCAUGGACACGACAGUCCACUUUACCACAACAUGCUAGAACCCCUCUGAUCGCUGCGGGAGUUAUUGGCGGCCUCUUCAUCAUCGUCAUUCUGGGCCUGACAUUUGCUGUGUACGUUCGGCGCAAAAGCAUUAAAAAGAAGAGAGCGCUGCGGAGGUUCCUGGAGACUGAGCUUGUGGAACCCUUGACUCCAAGUGGCACAGCACCCAACCAAGCACAGCUUCGUAUCCUGAAGGAAACUGAGCUUAAACGAGUCAAGGUUCUUGGCUCUGGAGCCUUUGGAACUGUCUAUAAGGGUAUUUGGGUACCUGAGGGAGAAACUGUAAAGAUUCCUGUGGCUAUUAAGAUCCUUAAUGAGACCACUGGUCCAAAAGCCAAUGUGGAGUUUAUGGAUGAAGCUCUUAUCAUGGCCAGCAUGGACCACCCUCACCUGGUGAGACUCCUGGGUGUCUGCUUGAGCCCGACCAUUCAACUCGUCACUCAGCUGAUGCCUCAUGGCUGCCUGUUGGAUUACGUUCAUGAACAUAAGGAUAAUAUUGGCUCCCAGCUGCUGCUAAACUGGUGUGUCCAAAUAGCUAAGGGAAUGAUGUACCUGGAAGAGAGGAGACUUGUCCAUCGAGACUUGGCAGCCCGUAACGUCUUGGUGAAAUCGCCAAACCAUGUGAAGAUCACUGACUUCGGCUUGGCCAGGCUUUUGGAAGGGGAUGAAAAGGAGUACAAUGCUGAUGGAGGGAAGAUGCCAAUUAAGUGGAUGGCUCUGGAGUGCAUACACUACAGGAAAUUUACCCAUCAGAGUGAUGUUUGGAGCUAUGGAGUCACUAUCUGGGAGCUUAUGACCUUUGGUGGGAAGCCAUACGAUGGAAUCCCAACUCGAGAGAUCCCCGACCUCUUGGAGAAGGGAGAGCGGUUGCCCCAGCCUCCCAUCUGCACUAUUGAUGUUUAUAUGGUGAUGGUGAAAUGCUGGAUGAUUGAUGCUGACAGUCGGCCAAAAUUCAAGGAGCUGGCUGCUGAAUUCUCUCGAAUGGCUCGAGACCCUCAGCGAUACCUCGUCAUUCAGGGAGAUGACCGUAUGAAGCUCCCAAGCCCAAAUGACAGCAAGUUCUUCCAAAACCUUCUCGAUGAGGAAGACCUGGAAGAUAUGAUGGAUGCUGAAGAGUAUCUUGUCCCUCAAGCCUUCAACAUCCCUCCUCCCAUCUACACCUCCAGGACAAGAAUUGAUUCCAACAGGAACCAGUUUGUGUAUCGAGAUGGCGGCUAUGCUGCAGAGGUGCCGAUGCCCUACAGAGCUCCAGGCUGCAUCAUACCAGAAGCCCCAGUUGCUCAAGGGGCUACAGCAGAGCUCUUUGAAGAUACUUGCUGUAACGGUACACUGCGGAAACAAGUGGCAACCCUGGCAAAAGAGGACAGCAGCACCCAGAGGUACAGCGCUGAUCCCACCGUCUUCAUACCCGAGCGGGUCGUCCGGGGAGAGCUCGAUGAGGAUGGGUACAUGACGCCGAUGCGAGACAAACCUAAAACAGAGUACCUAAACCCGGUGGAAGAGAACCCAUUUGUUUCCCGGCGAAAGAACGGAGAUCUCCAAGCUGUGGACAACCCGGAAUAUCACAACGCUCCGAACGGGCAGCCCAAGGCCGAGGAUGAGUACGUGAACGAGCCAUUGUACCUCAACACUUUUGCCAACACCUUGGAAAAAGCCGAGUACCUGAAGAACAAUUUGCCAGAGAAAGCCAAGAAGGCCUUUGACAACCCAGACUACUGGAACCACAGCCUGCCCCCACGAAGCACCCUCCAGCACCCGGACUGCCUGCAAGAGUACAGCACAAAGUACUUUUACAAACAGAACGGCCGGAUCCGGCCCAUUGUGGCAGAGAAUCCUGAAUACCUCUCCGAGUUCUCCCUGAAGCCUGGCACUGUGCUGCCCCCGCCGCCCUACAGACACCGAAACACAGUGGUGUAGUGACCGCGGUCUUAUACAAGUGGAAAGGCAACUCCUUCUAGCUGCCUCACUCUUUCUCUCUCUCCCCUUUCUCCCUUUCUCCCUCCUUCCUUCCCUUUCUUUCUCCCAUGAGCUUCCUCUUCUUGCCAGUUCACUCAUUUUUGAUAUUUCUAAGUGAAAGGAUGUCUCGGAGUUGUUUGCAGAUUGGGUUGGGAACCUGGAAAGAAGGAAGGAAAGAGACUGAAAGAAGGCGCGUACAACCUGGCAUUUCUCACUCUCCGCAGAUCCGGAGGCUCGGGUGGUCAGAGAAGCCAGACGGUACCAGUAAAGGCCAGUGGCAGUGUUGCCUGCUGUCGAGCUAGUUCUCAGUGAUUCAACCCACACGCUGUAGGGAAAGCCACAGAGAGGCUGUUUAUUUCAGCAGGAACCGAUGAGAGUCUGUACAGCAUUCCUGGAAAUCUCAGUGCAGUUUCCAUCAGGGGGAAAAAUGGACAAUUUUUAUAUCAUGUGUGAUAGCAUAGUAAUUGAGAUUGAGAAUCCAAUUUCUUUCUCUAACACUUUCUAGCCCAGCAACUGAAAGUGGCUAACCUGGCUUUUCAUAAUCAUUCAGAUCUUCAUCGUGGCUUUCCAAGGAAUGAUGAUGUGACUCUAAUACAUGGCUAAACCCUUUUUCUGAGCCACACCAUGAUUUUGUGCCAAUUCCUAACCACAGAGACUCCCACUUAGAACUGGGACAUGACGCGACCAUUUUUGUACAUGUGCCAACAUGACAAACACAACAAAACCCUUUCAGAAGAGAGGAACAAAACCACGCCUCCAACAUGUUCUUUUUGAAGCUAAAAGACAGGCCAAGAAACCAAGAUUUGUAUGCAAAAAGCUUUGCUUUCCUGUUUUAUACCUGCUGACUAUAAAUACAUUCAGAGACCUAGACAAUUUCUUCCCUCUUUUUCUUCUUCAUGAUCACGAAGGGAGUUGGGGAUGCUGUCAGGCAACACUGAGGACAAGACGGAGAACCGGAGAGUUUGAUGUGGGUCAUGAAGUCUGCUGGUGUUCUGUGGGGCGGUGGUGGGAAGGGUCCUUUAAACUGGAAGACAGACACUGGACUGGAGAAAAUGCACAUAGCAGUUCACUGGAAAGUUAGUUUGCACUUUGCUCUGAUUUUAUUUGAACUGUUUUCUGGAUUUUGAAUGAAGCAAUAUGGAAGUGACCAGCAAAAUACAAAAUAAUAAUUUUAAAUUAAAAAAAAAAAAAGAAUUCUAUGUAAAGGAUGACUGUGGAAAUGCCAAAAUGAAGCAAAUCGAGUCUUUGGAACAAUGUCUACCAGUUCUGAGAGGCCAUUGCAUUGACUGCUUCAGAGAAUACAGUGACAGAGCAACUAGCUCUUCCUGCUGCCACGUGAAGGACAGCAGAGCAAGCUCUGAAAGCGAUUGGAGGAGACAAAUGUCUUGCUCUGGCUUGCAACACAGAACGGAAUACUUUUUCCUAAAAGGAGGAUUACUCUGGCACAGAAGAUGGUGCAAACGAGGUUCGAGGAUUCAAAAUGUGCAUGACUCGCAGAGCUUUCCAUCAAAAAUGUAAAUAAGUAUGAGUCAGUCUCCUUGCACUUAGUUCUGCUUUCAUCAACCUCAGUUUUUAGGUAGCUAUCCCCCACCCCCUGGCCUGCUUCUCUUUGGAAAUAACUUUCAGCCAGAGUUCUGGACGUUUUUAGCAACCUGAGGCAGAUGGAGCUGGGAAGGGAGGCGUAAGGGCCAGAGACACUGAUGGCUUGCUCCUGACACGCCAAGACCCAUGUGUGUAAGAGCAUUCGUGUAGCUAGUUCCCACCCAAAAUCUUAAGGAACUAUUAAGUACCUUUGGAGAUCUGCCUACGUCUUUAUCCAUCAAGGCUUUUAAAGGGGAAGAAACAAUACCUGAUGGAUGCCAAUCUUGGGUGGUACAACAGUAUUUCAGUUUAUGCGCUUCAGUACUGUUAAAGUCAAGAUCUUUGGGGUGAGCUAACCUGGCAACAAAACCAGCAACAACCAGUGGUAUGGAAACAGGAUCAAGUGCCCCCAAAUUCCUGCCAUCUCAGCAGCUUGCCACCUUUAAUUGUAGGGAAGCAGAGGAAGGAGUAAGAAACAAGCAAUAGUUACCCAAAGCUUGGUGGCUAAGGGCUGGUUUGACAAAGGCAUGAAGAGAUUUCAAACCUGGGUUGGUUGGUAUGAUUGUAGAUGGAAAACAAAUUGUGUAUGAUCACUAGGUCACGGUUGGUCCAGCCAACAGCCUGUUUCUGCGUCAGGUGUGUUCAGGCCAGCUUGAACCAGCCACGGGGUGGAUGUUAAACCUGUAACCCGAGUGCAUAGCUGAAGAGUCUGAAAACAGCAAGCACAAGUGCCGAUCUUUGAAGCUAUUCGAGGGAGGUGUUGGGUCAGGUGGUACCAAGGUGGUUCAUUGUAGCAGAACAAAAUGACCACCAGACUACUCAAGUGGGAUAGAUGGUUACAAAGCCAUCGUGCACCUGAGAGGUCUCGCCUCUUCCUGGUGUCUCUGUAACUCCUCAUGGUCUUGGCAGGAGACAGAGGCAGGCAUCGGGCAGGGGCUCGGCGUGCAGGGGGAGGUCCUGGAGACACCACUCCAGGGGAGGUUUGCCAGCAGUAGUGCUCACAGGGUGUCACCUGAAGCACGGGCAAAGGUCUGCCAGGUUGGGUUGUAAUUGCCAUGCUGCCGGGAGACAAAGACCAGCACAGGAUCAUGGACAUCCUGUUUCAGCACAGAAGCAGCUCGGGUUAUAUAGGUAGGUGGAGAAAGGGGUUGAUUUGUCCCUGAACAAGUCCGGUAGCAGAGUAACUCCUAAUGGAGAAAAAGUGAAAUAAACUCCUGGUACAGCUGAUGUGUUUGAAUUCGAAGAGGUGCAGAAGGAUGAACACCUCCAGCCCUGGGCAGAAUGGGGCCGGGAGGUAGCUGCUAACGGAAGGUGAGGCCUGUUUGUUUCUCUGGUGUUGGAAACAAGCCCGUUAAAUAAUCAAAAUGUAAAUAACUGUGGGUUUAACAAUUUAACAUUUUAUUUCUUACAAAACUUGAAUUAUUUAUUCAUUUUAAUCGUUGACUGUGGGUGUGAUAUAUUCAGUAGCGUGGAGAUGCAGAGGUUGCUUGAAGGCCAGAACAGCAGCUCCCUUAGUGCUGGGGCUCUGCCCUUGCAGCCAGGCUGAGCCGUGUCCUUUGUAUUGACCAGUGACAGGUUUGGGGGAACGCAGGGAUUUCCACACACACAGUGCGUUCUGUUAGCACAGAGCAGGAGGGGGAGCAUCAACAGAAGUGUUCUGUCUGGGUGUAAUUAAUUCUCUAGUUCUACAGUGGUAUCUGUACACAGCACUGUCAGUUCUUACGGAUUUUAUAAUGCUGUCUCCUAUUUGUAAAUGUUUUCCUUUCCCUUACCAUAGCCUGCGUGACAGAAGAGCAGUGACUAACUUCUCAAGAGCAGAUACCUGAGUGUGUACCAGCCCUUGUCCAAGGCACAAAGCAACAUGCUAAAUGAGAGAGCAACAGCUUAGGUUUUCCUAAUUUCUCUCAUGAUACUUAUCUGAGUUGUUAUUGUCUACCUGAGGAUGAUUUCAAACAGAUGUGGAUGCUGGGUCUGAUUGACUUGUCGUAACAUAAUUGAUUGAAACCAACUCCUUUUAAGUUUCCUCCUUCAGCUCUUUUCAGUUUUUUCUGCAGAACAGCCAGGAGGGAUUCUUCCACGGCCAUUCCCUCAGAUGUAGCAGAGUAUUUACAACUUGCUUUCAAACAGGUCAUCUCUCACAGGUAGCAAGCAAUGGGAAUAAAUCUGAGCAAGUAGGAGCUGCUAUGUUUCAGGUGUCUUAAGCUCAGCCUUGAAAUCCUUUUCUAUGUACAAAGAAAGGUUGCAUUAACCCUGGUUGCACCACUAAUUAGUAGAAAUGCAUUUCUUGACUGCAGGAAUUGUAUACAAUGACCCCAUUCCAAUCAUUUCCUGGAUGAACGAGGGGAAGACCUUUCCCUUACUGUCCCACAGCCAGUAAGCCCAGCAGCUGCGUGUGAAGGGCACUUGGGUGGGCAUAGUGCUGGGAGAGGGCAGCCAAUCUGACACUGGUUUCCACUAAGGAUUUGAGAGGGAGUUACAGGGGAGUAUGUCCCCCCGCCCUCAGCCACCACUAACACCAGCCUAGAUGCCAAGAAAAUGGCAACUCUGACAAAGCAGGUUGGCCCUGACUCUCUGGAUCCCUUGUUUCCACAGCUGUAGAUAGAGCUGAGCAGGGUGGUGAAAGGUCCUAGCUGUGAGGUAAGUCUGCUUGGGGUUGGGGGGGUGGAGAUGGGCCAAUGUGGGAAACUAGGAUACGGAAGUAAAAACCCUUUUGUACCUGCUGGGGUGUCUGUGUCGAUGUCCCGCGGCAUGGUGGCAGCCAAAGGAAUGAAAGGAUUGUUUAGGCUCCUUUAUACUGUGUGGUUGAUGAGGAAACCUUGGCACAGGUCAGAAUUAGGCUGUUGGUCAUGUAAUUCCCCAGGAUAACUGAAGGUAUCCAUCUGGUCAGCCUUGCUUGCCCCCCGGAGCCCUGUGCACCCCAGGCAGACUGUAUGGAAGCACCCAUGUAUGGACACACGUGGACACUUGACCCUUCUAGGGGGAGGGAAUGGGAGUAACAGGAGUUCCCUGGGACUGACAGCUGGAGCAUUGCUUCCUUGUCGGGAUGGAUUUUUCCCCUCACAUUGCAUAACUGGUGUAUUGGGGCUUACACACUGAUUCCCACUCACAUUCCAAACUGUUGAGCUCAGGUAGGUGUUUACCUGCUUUGAACGCUGUUUAGCUCGAGGGUACCAGGUGGAACAGAGGCUUUAGAAUGAACUAGAGCCAGCCCCCCGGUCAUCAGUCACCUCUUUGGCUCUUAAAGAGCACCUCAGAGGGGCCGCUGUCACCAUGAGUUCCCUUCAGCAGGUAUUGUCAAAGGGUGGUGUUAAUGGCAGGUGCACAAAGAUCGUGCACCCCUUCAUUUCUAGCUCUGUUAUGUGCAAUAGUCUUAUUCCCAUGGAUCUUGGACCUGUGCUGCUGACAAAACAGCUUGUCUGUUGUUAAAUAAAAGCUUGGAUUUGGGUUCAGAUUUGGGGGGGUGGAGGGGGUGGCGUGCUGAGGCUGCACAGGGUGGGGUUGGUUGGCUGCAGCCUUCAUGCUCCAUCACGUGUGAGGGGCCGUGGUGUCCCACCAGGGAGCCUCUGCAGCAUCACAGUGGUUGGAAGAUUCCCUCUCUUAUUUCCUGGCUCUCACUAAGCGUUACACAGGUAGGAAAAGGUCACUGUUAGAAAUGGGGCUUUCAGGUUGGGAAUAAAGAACAGAAAGCAAGCUCAGUGGUUAGAAGCACCACUCUAAAACAUCCAAAAAUCACAUCUUCACCUUUGUUUUAUUUUAGCACAAGGUCAUAUUCCUGUACCACUGCAUGGAUUAGGACGUUGUUGUGCUGGUGGGCUCUGUGCUCCCAGUGCCAGCUGGGAGCUGCCUGAGGUGCAGGCAAUCAGUGCAGGGGGAGCACAUGGGUGUUCAGGUCUGACUGACCCUGGUGGGACUCGGUGGGACUUGCUUGAGCUGCAGCCCAACACAUCUCCUACCCAGAGCCAAACUGAGGAGGUGCUUCCACCCAGGGCACCCUCCAGUGGGGGCCUGUGCCAGGAGGGGAGUGAGGGGGGAACCUGUGGAUGUUAUCCCCAUUAGGGAAGAAGAGGAGUCCGAGCUGCUUUUUCUUUCCCCCCUUUUUAUUUAAUUUGGAGAGUGAGCUUUGUGGACCUUGGUAGAGAGGGGCUUUAAGGGGAGAUGUGUGAGGUGUUUCCCAGUGUGAGUAAUUGUGUCGCAGUGCUUCUCCCCUCCCCAGUAAAAAAGCCAUGAAACCGUGCUCCAGAUGUGCUGUGGGUGAAACCCCCGGGGCAGAGGUGCCUCCCGCACAGCCCCUCUCGCUGGUGGCUCAGGUGUGACCAGGGCACACAUGGACACCGAGCCAUGCACUGUCCACGAGCACCGGCUGCCAGCGGCAGGGUCCCCGCGGUGCCACCGUCCCCGUGCUGUGCCCUGCCCAACCUUUGAGCCCUCUUAAGGAGAAAACACUGUAUUGUCCAUAGCACUCCGAAGACUAAACCCUUUUGGGAUAACCACAGUAAUAAACUGUGAAUGGUAUUUUAUAAGUAGGUGUAGAUACGUACGCCGUUCUUUCGAGGUAAGGUACUAUGACAUAUGUAGCAUAAACUGGUACUGCUGUUAAAUGGGUCGAUUAUUAACUGAGCAGCUGUGUAAGGGGUAGCUAACUUUGAAUGCACUAAACACUGUUCCACCAGCCGAGGUGGGGCCUGAAGGUAGCUGCUGGGUACUUGUCUUUUUAGGGUGGGGUAUGUUAAGAGGAAGAUGCAGGUCAAUGACAACACGUAAGUUUUUAUAGCAUUUUAAUGUGGAAAAUGGGUAUCCAUUCGAUACAUUAUUCACAAUGGUUUUGAUCCCUUUAUUUGCAGUUUUUGUGAUUUCCCCACCACCAUAAGCUGGAAUUUCUAAAGAGGUAGCACCCGCGUGUAGGGAGGGGAAACCGAGGGGAAACAGAAGUCUCUUCCUAAAACCAGAGGUAGCCAAAAUGUAUUUCCUGACCUGGCAGUUGCGAGCUAUUGACUUUUGCUUUUGUGAUGAGGCUCAAAUUCCCAGGCCUGGAGGAUGAGAUUCCUGUGCCCUCAAAAUCAAAGGCCAAGCCUCAUCUUGGGGGGGGGUGACACGGGCCAGCACCAGCUCCUGCAAGAGGCAGAGAUGGGAGGGUCUGGGGUUUAUCCCAUUCUCCGUGAUCUCAAAGUGCAAAGACAAAAACAACAAUACUUCUGCCUUAUGAAGUACCUUCAGAGGAAGAGAAGCAUCAGCACGCUGGGGAAGACGCUCAUUUCUUGCAGUGAUGCAUUCAGAGUUAGCUGCCUUUCUGAAACAUAAAAAAAUACAAAAACUACUGUAUGUUACUUUGAAAAUGUGAAUAGUAUUUUUAUAGCUUGUUAAAGACACAGCUAGUUGCAUUUGUAAAUAAGGAUAAUGUUGCUUUUAUUUUCCUUGUGGACACCAUUAUUUGGAACAUAAUUGUCCUUAGGGUUGAUUUGUAUAUAGGUAAUUUGCUUGUGAUUUAAGCCGCUCCUCCCCUUUUCUUUCUCUCCCUUCCCACCCUCUGGUUUUGGUUAGAAGUACCAUUCUUGGCAUUCUGUGUGAUUCUGUGUUUUAGCACUAUUGUGGUGUGUUCAGACUUUCUGCACUUGCUUACACAGUAGGGUAUGCCAGUUGUGUGUGGCGUAAUGUUACUUUAACCUUUCCUUUCUCAUAUGUUAGCUAUCAAGGAUUAUACACGGUUAAAUACUUACUGACCUGGGUUAAUAUUAGGUACAUAUUUUAGCAUAAUUUCCCUUCUUUUCAUGGUUUCUUGUUUUUUCUUUUUUCCUUCCCUCCCCUUUUGUCUUGUUUGGAGGCUGGGGAGAACCUGUGCAUCCUCUUCGUGUGGUUACAUCCCCUCCCCUGUGCAGCCCCCAGUUUCCCCUCACGGUCCUUGGGGUAGAGCUUUAUCUGUUUGUAGAGGCAAAUGUAGACUGCGACCCACCGUGCAUCAACCCGCGCUCAUCCCAGCUGAACAAUUUGAAACUGUUCUGCCUUUUUGUUACAUGAAUCUGUCAGAAAUAUAUUUUUAAUUUAAUAUAAAUGAAAUUCAAUAAAAUACAAAACAAACGCUG